AUGACACAUCUUUCAAUAAUCAAAAUUUUAUGUGACUUAUUAAUUUUUAUUCUUUGUGCAAUAACAUUAAUAACUCUUCAUUUAUUUGGUAAACCUUAUAAACGUGGAUUUUAUUGUGAUGAUGAAUCAAUAAGAUACCCAUAUCAUGAUUCAUCUAUAUCCAGGCAAAUGUUAUUUGCUAUUGGUCUGUUCACUUCAAUAAGUUUUAUUAUCAUAACAGAAGUAUUCCGUUAUUCAGUAUGGGAAAAAAAAUAUCCAAAUGCUUUCAAAAAUUAUGAAUUUAAAAAUCGUUCAAUAAGUCGCUUAAUUGUUCGUCUCUACAAUUUUCUUGGUUUUUUCUUAUUAGGGGUUGGUUUUAAUCAAAUAAUGGUUGAUAUUGCUAAAUAUACUGUUGGAAGACAUCGUCCAUAUUUUAUGGAUAUUUGUAAACCAAAUAUUGGAUAUAAUAAUUGUCCACAAGAUCAUUCUUAUAUUGAUAAUUUUAUUUGUACUGGAAAGAAUGGCAAUGAUAUAUAUGAAGCACAAUUGUCUUUUUAUUCUAACCAUGCUGCUUUUUCAUUUUACAUAGCAUGGUAUAUAUCUAUAUAUUUACAAGCAAGACUUUAUAAACCAUUACAUAGUAAAAUAUUACUACCAGUUAUACAAUUUUCUUUAUUUGGAGGAGCAUGCUAUGUAUCAUAUUCUCGUAUUAGUGAUUAUAAACAUCAUUGGUCUGAUGUUUUGUUUGGAGCAAUAAUUGGAAGUGGAAUUGGUAUUAUAAAUGCAAUGUAUUUUACAAAAGUGUUUGAAAAUCGUGAAAUUCUUCCAAGUGAUAGAAAAUUAAUAAAUGACGAUAUUGAAAUGGAAGAAGGACAUAUUUUUAAUCAAACAAAACAAUCUCAAAAUAUGGAUAACCAAAAAAAUUGUAGUGGAUCUCAAAAACAAAAAAAUAAAUCGCAAGAAAAUAUUGUAAAAGAAAGGUCUCACUAUAUAUCUUCUAAGGUACCAUUGAUAUCACCAUAUGAUCAUGAUCGUCAUCAUUUAAUAGACCAUCGUAUCAUAAAACCACCUGUUAUGUCAUCACGGAAAAUAGAUAUUUAA